AUGAGCCAUCACCCAUCAUGGACGGCGUCCUUCGAGUCGCGAGCACUUGCGCCAGCAACACCCCCCCUAACCUCAUAUCUCCUUCGCCUCAUGACGAUCAAGAAGUCCAAUCUUUGCUUUUCUGCGGAUGUCACAACAACUUCCGAACUGUUGGCCGUAGCCGAAGAAGUUGGACAGAGUAUCUGCUUGCUCAAAACUCAUGCGGACAUUAUUUCCGACUUUGGAGACCGGACGGUGCGGGGGUUACGGGAUAUCGCGAAACGGAAAGGGUUCUUAGUGUUUGAGGAUCGGAAACUUGGAGAUAUUGGAAGCACUGUUCAAAGGCAAUACACUAGCGGCCCUCUCUCGAUAGCGAAAUGGGCUGAGAUCGUCAAUGCGCAUAUCUUCCCAGGCCCAAGCAUUGUCACUGCCCUUGCUUCAGCUGCUUCCGACGCCAUCGCUGUAUAUAACACCGCCGUUCACACGGUCAUCACCUCUGGGGAACCUUCUUCAUCCGACACCGACAAUGACCAAGACAAGCCAGAUCCAAACAAACUCACGCGAACCAUAUCAGUUCCUUCGGGAGAGAAGAAAGCUUCGAUCGUGAACAUCAGCACUACGAUUUUCACACGAACCGAACGGAUAUCUCCUCAACCCACACCAUUUCCAUCUAUGAGCUCGGCAUCACCCGAUCCAUUGAAGGAUUUGAAAGCGAAGCUAGGUCCAGCACCGUACCUUCGUGGACUACUCCUGCUUGCUCAAAUGAGCUCGGAAGGGAAUCUUCUUGACGAAGCCUACACAAACAAAUGCCUGGAGGUAGCACGAGAGAACCGGAACUUUGUUCUUGGGUUCGUCGCCCAGCGGUCAUUGAAUACUCUUCCGGACGACAAUUUCCUCGUCAUGACACCGGGUGUGCAACUUCCAAAGGAUUCGGAGACUGGCAAGGUGUCUGGGGAUGGUUUGGGACAGCAAUACAACGGACCAAGGCAUGUCGUUGGCGAACUGGGCUGCGACAUCAUCAUCGUCGGUAGAGGGAUACUCAAUGCAAAAGAUCGAACGGCUGAAGCCGAGAGAUACCGAAAAGCGGGGUGGGAAGCAUACGAGGAGAGAAUUGGGUUGAAAUAG